AUGGUUGUCUCUUCUCUCGAUAUGGGGUCUGAUGUUUACACCGACUUGUUGACCUUCACCUUUGGAGGUCCCAAACCCUAUAAUACCAAUCAGCCAUUGUUUAUCGAUGCAGAGGAUCCCUCGCGGUCAUUUACGGCCGCUCAAUUUCGACAACUGGUCCGAACUCUGAUUGCUGGUUUGAAAGUGCAUAAUGUGCAGCCAGGAGAUUGUGUGUUGCUGCAUCUGGGCAACAGCAUUUUAUAUCCCGCCCUGUUCUUCGGCAUUAUCGGUGCAGGCGGUGUCUACAUGGGCUCGAACCCCCGCAGCCAACCCCAGGAACUCGACCAUAUCAUCUCCCUCGUGGAACCCAAGUUGAUCCUCACAACGCGCGAUGCUCUCUCAUCCGUGCUCGACGUCUCAGCUGGUCGGGGCAUUCACCCAGGCCAGGUUUGUCUGGUCGAUGAGUUUGCCAUUGAUCACUGUGCACAGCUGUUCCUGUGGCAGGAACUGGGGUAUUCCCGGUACUUCUCAUUGAACGGUGCAGACGCCCGUCACUCCAACUUCGCCAAUCUGCUCUGUUAUGGGGAAAGCGACUGGCGUAUGUUCAAUGACCCCGUGGUUGCACGAACCACGCCUGCAGCCAUGUUCUCGACAAGUGGCACAGGCGGCCUUCCCAAAGCUGCCAUCCUAUCCCACCAUGCGAUCGUCUCACAGCAUCGUUCUAUUUACUACGACGUACCACAUCCCGUCAGCCGCUUGAUGUCGCUCCCUAUGUUUCACCUGUUUGGCGCAUUAUGGACGCAUCUCUUCCCUGUCCGCUAUGGCCACCCACUCUUUGUGCUACCACGCUUUGAAGUUCAAGAGUUCCUGACCACCGUGCAUCGCUAUCAAAUCUCCGAGACGUACCUGGUCCCCGCUAUCAUCCACUCCCUUAACCAAUCCCCCUUGCAGAUCGCAGACUACCUCUCAUCCAUCCGCUAUAUUGGCGUUGCAGGCGCGCCUAUUGAUGCAGCCUCCAUGCAACAGUUCCGCGGUCACCUCAAUCCUAUGGCGUAUGCUUGUCAGAUUUGGGGAAUGACCGAAGUCGGCGUCACCUUCCAGACUCGAUAUGGCCAGUCUGGCGACCCGGGCAGUAUCGGCACUCCUACCCCGGGGUAUGAGAUUCGUUUAGUCGACCAAGAUGGCAAGCUCGUGCAAGGCGAUGGCCAGCCUGGUGAGCUGUACGUUCGGGGUCCCAGUCUUCUGACAGGAUACAAGGGCCGUACCGAUGCCCUGGAGCCUCAUGGAUGGUUCCGCACCGGCGAUAUUGCCUACUCAAAGCAGAGCCAAUACUACAUUGUCGGUCGAACCAAGGAGCUAAUCAAAGUGCGAGGAUGGCAAGUUGCACCAGCGGAACUCGAAGCAGUUCUUCUCCAACACCCUGGUAUCACCGACGCAGCCGUGAUCGGAGUGAACAAGGAUGGUCUCGGCGAGGUCCCACGCGCAUUCGUGGUUCGCUCUCGCGACCCAGCCGUCAGCCGUCUCACCGGCGAAGAAGUCUACAACCACGCGCGUCACCACCUGGCCAGAUACAAGGCCCUAGACGGUGGCGUUAUCUUCGUUGAGGACAUCCCGCGUACGGCUAGCGGCAAGAUCCAGCGCUUCAAGCUGUCCAAGAUGAACUCUUACCGGGAGAUGGUUACAUCGCUGCUAUCCCAGUUCGAGGGUGAGGGUGCCCGGGUACCCCAUGCCGGAGCUGACAUGUCACCUGUCGGCGUGGCACCUGAAGGCCGAGUCGCUGUCUAA